UAUAACUCGUUUCAAUUUAAACUGAAAUGUUUAACUGUGAAUUUAUGAUGAGUAAUCAGUUGCAUCCUUCGUUGAUAUUGAGCAUUAAACGAAAGUUAAAAUUAUGCAUUAUUUUAAAGUUAUUUACUUUUUAAGUCGUAAAUUUGUAUUUUUUUGGAAAACUAAAGCAAUUAUCUUUGUAAUUUCUUUGCGGUGUGAAAAAAACAAGAAGAUAGUGCGUCACAUCGGUUGAUAGAUAAAGCAGAAUACCUUUAAGUUAUUGUUUCAAUGGAAUAAUGAGGUAAUUAAAAUUCCACCAAAUCAAUAUCUGUAUGCGAUAGGCAUGCUGCUUAACAGUGUUACAUUUUAAUUUUGAAGUUAUUAUUUUCUGGUCAAAUGAAAUAUUGGAAAAAGCAUAUUAAGUCAAAUUAUAACGGAUAAAAAAGUUUAUUGUAAAAGUUUUAAAAAUGGAAUUAAGUGACGAAAGUACUUUUGUGUUAAAGGAACAUUUUAUUGCUUUAUUUGGUAAAAAGAAAGAAUGUGUAGAAAUGCCUCAACCACAAUCUCAAAUUAACGUUCAUAAAAGAGUAUUAACCCCGAAAAAUCGAGAGUUUUUUACAUUAAAAAGAAACAAAACUACAACCCUUUCAAAUGAUCUAAAUACAGCUAACAUGUUAAAAGAUAUUAAACGAUCUUCUUCUUUUAAUAUAAAGCGGUCGGAUGAGAAACAUUUGGACAUAAAACAUUUGGAUAUGAAAUUUUUGGAUGUGAAACGUCCUAGUAUAUGUUCCAAAAAACUUACCGAUAUUACGGAAACUAAAGAAUACAAAGACAUUUACACGGCAAAUUUAAGACUUUACAGUUCAAUCAUUGCUAAGCAACUAGCUUCUUGUCGCGGUGCAAGCUGCAAUCAGGAAACUCACUGUUACCCAUUAAUGAAAUCACGAAGAAAGAGUUCUGGGGUUAAUAUUUUACAUCUACCCCAACCUCAAGCAUUGGAAAAGCUAAGAGUGAGACGUCUCAGCAACACUGUAGAUAGUUCCAAUAAAAUAAACUUAAGUCAUGCUGAACCAAUCAUAAGAGAAAUAAACAACAAUAACAAGUUAGUUGUUGAUGCCGGCAAUACCUGCAACGAAAUUACAACAGAGAAUCGUUUUCAAGAGAAUAAAAAUACAAACUACAAAGAUGCCUCCGACAAGUCCGAUAGUUUUCGGAGAAACAGCGAUUUGCUCAGUAAAAGUCUUCGAUCACAGUCUGGAAUUGAACGUCAUAAAUUACAUGUUGUACGAAUAAUGUCUUUUGAUAAUACUAUACAAAAAACUAAUGAAUUUCUACAGAAAGUUCAGUCCUCUAGAAAUAAAUAGUUAUUUUAGAAAAUAUAUUAACUUAAGUUUUUUUGUAAAA